AUGGGGUGCGCUGCUAGUGUUAAAGGAACUGAAACUCCAAAGUCGAAUAGUUCAUUUCAAAUAUCAUACAGUAAGGAUGAAACUGUGUUGUCUGCGUUGGUGAGAUUUGAUGAAGAAAUAUCGUCGUGUGAGGGGUCCCACCCUGUUCAGAGAUUGGCUGUCACCUCGGCCGAAUUACGGAGUAUUCAAAUUGAAAUUGCUGAAUUUGACGGUGUUCCUUCUGAAGUCACUGUCGCUAAAUAUGCAAAGACGAUACAUCAGAUGUUUGUAGCCCUGGAUUUAUACAAACGACCAAUGUUAGCUGCUGAGAACGAAGAUUUCGUAGCUAACGUCAACAGAAAAGAAAUGCGCUAUUUAGAAUCAAAAUAUUUACGAAUACGAGAAAGGGAUUUGGAACGUGAGAGCCAACUGUUACACACGCAGCUCUUGCGAUUGAAAGCUUUAUACACAAAUCUUCAAAUGUUACUAGACUCACUAUGGUUCAAAAAAUCAAGACCAGCUUUAUACUUAGAAAGCGCCUUGCAGCGUUCCCAAGAAUUGCGUAACGCGCUGGCAUCAGUAAGUAUGCGGUUACGCGCUGCCUCUGAGUAUGGACAAAACGCGAUACGCCUCGUGGAGGCGGCUUUGCGAGCUUGGAAACUCGGUUCUAUUGCAAGAAGUGGUGGGGAGCGCACAUCUUCGUGCGCAGACGCAUGUAGUUUGCUAAUUCAGGCGCGAUGUCAGGAACGUGGGGCGCGACGUGUCCUUUGUGCUCGAGCAGCCCCGAGAGCGGCUCGUACUGUCAGACUGACACUUGACUAUGCUUUUACAGACUGCCUUCACGACCACAAAAAUCAAAGAGCUACUGAGACAUUUAUCCUAUUUAAGGAAACCUUGGAGCAGCUCGUUUCAUCCAUACACAAGGUUAUGUUAUCUAACAUGGACAACCUAAUCGUUGCUGAGAAGGAAGUCACAGAAUAUAGGCGACAACUGAGAGCAGCAAGGAUCAACAAUAUUGUUCGAAAUGGUCUGGCUGAGUUGCAUUAUAAAAAAGACGAACUUAAACGUCUUCAAAUGCAGAUUAAUUAUAUGGACCCGUAG